AUGGGCAAAACCCGCACCUCUGAUUUCCUAUAUUUGAAUCCAGUAACCGGACAAUGGCCGGCUUCAAACUUUGGCAAAGAUGUGAUUGUUGGGGUGGUUGAUUCCGGUGUUUGGCCAGAAAGUCCAAGCUACAAGGACGAUGGAAUGACACCGACUCCUUCCAAGUGGAAAGGAACGUGGAUUGCACAUCGAGCUAGAUUGGCCAUGUAUAAGGUUGGAUGGAAAGAGGGAAUUUAUGCAUCCGAUGUUGUUGCUGGCUUGGACCAAGCCGUUCCUGAUGGUGUUGACAUCAUAUCACUAUCUAUGGACCUACACGUGUGGCCUCUACAUGAAGAUCCUAUACCUAUAGCUUCAUUUGGUGCAAUGGAGAUGGGGGUUUUAGUUUCUUGUGCAGCCGGAAAUAGGGGUCCAAGUCUUGGAAAAUUAUACAACGGCUUCCCAUGGACAAUGACCAUUGCACCAGCCACAAUUGGUAGCAAAUUUAACUUGUCAAAUGACUUUCGUCUUGUAAGUGGUACAUCUAUGGCUUGUCCCCAUGCUUCUGCCAUUGCUGCACUCCUUAGAGGUGCACACCCUGAGUGGAGUCCUGCAGCUAUUCGAUCUGCCAUGAUGAUCACAGCCGAUGCCCUUGACAAUACUCGCACUCCAAUCAAAGACAUGGGAUAUGGCUAUGAUAUUGCUACACCUCUUGCCAUGGGGGAGCAGGACAUGUUAAUCCCAACAAAGCAUUGGAUCCAGGUCUCAUAUAUGAUGCUACCCCACAAGAUUACACAAAUCUUUUGUGCUCUAUGA